GCGAGUGCAUCUUCUCCCGUGGUGCCGUGGAGCUGCCGCGUGCACAUUGCGCUUUUCGAGGGUGCGGGUGGCGGGGAUCCAGCGAAGCGGAGCUGCGCGCACAUGUGCUGGGCGAACAUCGCGAGGCGUUGCGGCAUGUCGCGGAGACGCUCGCGUGCCAUGACGAAGACGAAGCCAAACGGAGUGAGACGCAGUGCUGGUCAGCGUACAACGAGGCGAUCGCCUGGAAAGUGCGCGAGGGGGCGCCUCUCGCUUCACUGGCGAUCGAUCGUCGAUGCCUUCUAUCCAUACCAAAUGGUAUGACGCCAAGUGCAUGGGAACACUUCCGCCUGAACCCGGUCACCAACAUGGAGAUGAACAUAUGGCUCCGGGAUGGCAGACCAACCGCCCGGCACUUAAGCUGCAAGCCGUACGUCCUUGAAAUGCGGCGACGCACCGAGUACCGGAACCAGUGCGACGAGAUGACCAUGGAGCAGAAGAAAGCCAUCCUCAUCCUUGAGGAGGGCAAGCAGGCGAUGGUCAUGCCGGGAGGCGACUACAG